AAAAAAGCCUUUCAAAUAUCCUAUUUUAAACCCGGAAGUGAAAUCUUUCACCGGUCAGGUGUGAGAGGAACAUCAAGUUCGGCGUUGGAGCGAAGAUAGUGGUGUCCUACCGUUUGUCCACAUAUCUUCAUGAAUCAGGAAGAUGACUGGAGAAGAGCUAGUGUAUUUGGGCGUCCUUGCUGCCACCAUCCCUGUUGGAUUUCUCUUUCGUUACCUCAGUCCGCCUGUGAAGCAGGUGACGGCUCUUCUUCUGGGCCUGUCCAUCACCAUCGCCCUGUGUCACAUCCAUACACUGCACUCCCUGGUGACAGUGAUAGGAACAUGGAUCAUCAUCAAGAGCAGCUGGCGGCUUGCCCCAGCAUUGAGCCUCAGCUGGUCUUUUCUCUACCUCCUGUUUUUCCGACUGGUCACCAAUUUUGAUCUUCCCAAGCCAACACCUUUUGCCAACGCUGUCCAGCUGCUUCUCACACUGAAGAUGGUCAGUCUUGCCAAUGAGGUACACAGCUUCCACGUUGAGAAAAAGAGAGAUGUGAGCUCCUUUGCUAAGUCUCCAGUCAUUGGUGGUCUGUCUCAAGAACCUUCCCUCUAUGACAUUCUGUCCUAUAGUUACUGUUAUGUCGGUAUAAUGACCGGCCCGUUCUUCCGUUUCCAAACUUACAUGGACUGGCUGAAGCAGCCGAGGCCGCUGGCUUUGCCCGGCUGGGAGCCCUGUCUGCAUCGAGUGAAGAUGGUCCCUGUUUUCGGGGCUCUGUUUUUGGCCGUCAACCACUAUUUCCCACUUUCUUAUGUACGCACAGAUGAGUUCCUGGAUGAGAACAUUUUCUUCAGGUUGUUCUACAUGGUGGCAGUGUUCUUUGUGUUCAGAAUGCGUUUCUAUGCGGCGUGGUGCGGCGCUGAGGCAGGCUGCAUCAGUGCCGGCCUCGGCUGCUAUCCAGAAAAGGCCCUUUCCAAACCUGGAGGAGGACCCACUGUCGACUACAGUCCUGAUCCAACCAUAGAGGAGAGAUAUGACUUCAGAACCAUCCAGAACAUUGAUUGUUACAACACUGACUUUUGUGUGAAGGUCCGACAUGGCAUGCGCUACUGGAACAUGACUGUUCAGUGGUGGCUUCAUCACUAUAUCUACCCAAACGCCCCCUUUAAGUCCUACGCUCUCAGGGCUGGAUGGACCAUGCUCAUCAGUGCCUACUGGCAUGGAUUGCAUGCAGGUUACUACCUCUCUUUCCUAACCAUCCCGCUGUGCAUCGCAGCAGAGUCUGCCAUGGAGUCAGCUGUCAGAGCCAAGCUGGGUCCCAGUGGGCAAAACAUCUUCGAUUGGAUCCACUGGUUCCUGAAGAUGAGGGCCUACGACUACAUGUGCAUGGGGUUCGUUCUGCUGAAGGCGUCCGACACCAUCAACUACUGGACGUCCAUCUACUUCACCAUGCAUGUCAUUGCCGUUGGCUGCAUAAUAGUGGGCAAGGUCUUAAAGGGGGGGAGGAGAGAGGGAAGGAGGGGGGAGAAGGAGCAGACAAGUGAGGGGGGGAAGACUGAAGAUGUGAAGGAGAAAAAUGGACAGAAAACAGAGUGAAUUGAGGACAAAAAAGGACUGGUUUUAGCCUUUUGGAGAUCAGAGUGCGUGAUCCUUUGAGUUCUGAUUCUGCCACUAAACAUGAUCCAAGAUGAUUUCUUCUUAGAAAAGUGUAUUUUAUUUAAAAAAGCAGUUAUGAGUGUCAUUUGUGAAAUCCUGUAAAAAAAAA